CCAGCAUCAGGGAAUUUCCGCCUUGUGGAUUUUUCACGCCCAAGUUCUGCAGCUUUGGCCAUGAAGUUUGAUCAGCCUCCGGUGCCAAAGCCGCGUUUGCAGAGCUCGCCGGCUCCACGGGCUGCAAACCCUUUCGCCCAGCGCGAAGUUGCAGCUAAGGCAAGAGUGGACACCCGCGCUGCAAACCCCUUUGCCCAGUUCGGGUCCCGCGAGGCAAGAGUGAGGCUUGGGCCAUACUGGAUCCAGAGUUCUAUUCAGGGCGAGCUCCGGGAAGUGAGAAGCAAAGUGACGCAGUUGCUGACACACUCUGCCAAAGCAUCUCCGUUCAGUGAGUUCAGCCCUCCGUCUAGAGACUCGUUGCUUGAAGCCACCAAGCAAGGUCAGGUAGAGAAGGAGCUCCGUGCACCGAGCCCAGUGGAUGUCUCGGUCCUUUCAUUUGAUCGUGGCAGCGGGCUUCUUUUUCAGCUGCCAUUGUCGGAGAAGGCCAUGGUCUUCACAGCCACGGAGAUAGGGACCACGUUACGCUGCAUCAGCACUUUGCCAAGGCAGUUGUCAGGAAACAUUGCGUUUUCCUUGGAUCCUGUGGAUCCGGAAAGCUGGCACGGCAAGCUGUCCAAUUCGCACUUGUACCAACGGAAGUGGUACUCGCACAGCGCUUUGAAUGAAAUCCCCCUGGGAUAUUGGAUGUGGCGGGCGGAUUGGAAGCUCAAACAGCUUGCUCAAGGAGUGGUUUAUGAUGAUGCCACGGGGCAACAGAGACCUCUCAAGUUGGGAGUCGAUGUGCCUCAGGACUUUCCGGAUGUCGCACAAGGAAGUACUGGAUGUGCCCGUUUGUGGAUCGUUUGCCGGAAGCUUGUCAGAAUGCCUUGGGGAAGAGACAGCAUCUUGAUUCAUCCAGAAGUGCAGAUGGGUGUCGAGGUCCGAGCGCAGCAGUUCAACAAGCUGACCAACAAAUACGAGGAUGUCGCUGAUGCACCCCACACUUCAGCCACGAAGAUCGCGCACUAUCUCAGCCGUCACUAUGACGCAGUCGCGCGCUUCGUGCCGGAACUGCAGCACUGCAAGCGUAUGGCAGUGCUUCUGGACAUUUCGCGCUGGCUGCUGGAGGGUCCUUUGCAAUCAAAGAGGUUGAUGUUGGAGAAGUGCAUCCCUCAGUAUGCAAUCCCAGAGGACUUUGCGGAUGACCGGGUCCCAGCCUUGCGCACCGUGCACGAGAAGGGCUUGAAGGAAGAGGGCGUGGUCAAGCGGCUGGACCAGGAGCUGGCCCUGAAAAAGGCCGAGUUCAAGAAGACCUGCGCCGAGAAGGAGGAGCGGCUCCGGUCCUUGCGCCUGGCCACGGAGCAGCAAAUGAGGAAGGUGGAGGCCGCCAAGCAGAGUGUUGACCGGUACAGCAGCGAAUCUGUGGAGGCGUGCAAUCUGGAGGUGCAGAGGUACAAUGCCCUCGUGGAAGCGCAGAAGUUGUCCGUGGAGUCCUACAACUCCGCGGUGGACGCGGGCAAUCGGAGGUUCUCCGCGCUGGUGGCGGAGCGGAACGCGGCGGCCGCGGCGUCCAACGCGGCGCGGAGCUCGUGGGUCUUCGUGGGCGGCGUGGAUUUGGCCCCGGCGGAGGCUCAGGAGCGGCCCGUGAAGUGCGAGGCGUGGGCGGUUCAGGAUCAGUUCCAGCAGUGGGGGAAAGGCCUUUGGAGCAGCCGUGAGAGUCAUGCCAUCCUGUUUCAGAAGCCGCGGAGUGGUGAGAAGGUGUCAUUGCUGCAAGAAGUCGUGGAGAAUAAUGCCAACCUCAGCGUUUUCCAACUAACAGCGCCUGCUGCUUGAUGCUGCUGAACGGUUGAAGCUUUCACAAGUUUUGUGGUAUCUGAUUGUAUCUAGGUUAGAAGGCACGCGGCAGUCCAGUCCGCCCGCACGUGGCCGCCUCGCGUAGUUCCAAGAUUCGUUGGACCUGCAAGGGUCGAGUACAGUUCGUUAUCUUGGUGCUAUCAGUAGUUAGUUCGACUCCCUUCCCCUUGUUUGUGCUCAAAGCACUUGUGUUCAAGGGAAUUAAAUGGAAUGCGCGUGUCAGUGCUCGCAGAUCAAA